GGCCUGCAAGGGUUAACCAGGAGCCCGCCUGCGGUCUGAGGUAAGCAGGGAGCGUAUUUGUUCAAGUAAAUAAGGAAGGAUUACUUAUAAUGGGAAACCAGGCCUGGCCAACUCUCCAUCCCGUGGCCGCCUGACUUCCUCCCUGCACAUUCCUGUACUCCACCUGUCCACUCUGCCCCACACACCCAGCCCCAGCCUGUCGCUGCCCCUUUGCUCCCGUCUGGCUGGGUCUUGUCACAGCGCCAGCUGGUGGCCCUGGACUGGGGGCCACACAGCCCUGAGACCUAAGCAGGCCACCCCUUGAGGGUGGCCAGGUGCCCCUGGCAGCAGCACACCUGAGGGCCACCUCUGCCCCCAGCCCUACUGGCCCUUGGUCCCACUGGUCCCCCGGAUGCCUGGCUGAGACAACAGUGGCUGAAGCUGCCCACACCUCCUCCUGGCCCCUGAGGUUGGCAUUGCAGUAGACGACUCGGGCACUGAGAAGCUAACGGGCACAGCUGCCAGCCCCAGCAGCAUGGGCAGCGCCAGCCCGGGCCUGAGCGACGUGCCCCCCAGCUGCCUGCUGCUGCCCCCAGACACGCUGUUGCGGACAGGCCUGGAGAAGGUGGUGGCAGGAGCCGUGGGUCCCGACAAGCGGGGCUGGAGCCCCAGUCCGCCCGCCACGCCUGACCCAGGCCUGUCUGCUUUCUACCUUUCCUACUUUGAUAUGCUGUACCCCGAGGACGGCAGCUGGGGAACCAAGGGUGCCUCAGCCAGUACUCGGGAGGAGCCACCGGAGGAGCCGGAGCAGUGCCCGGUCAUUGACAGCCAGGCCCCAGGAGGCAGCCUGGAUGUGGUACCAGGCGGGCUGGCCCUAGAGGAGCACUCACUGGAGCAGGUGCAGUCCAUGGUGGUGGGUGAGGUGCUCAAGGACAUUGAGACGGCCUGCAAGCUGCUCAACAUUGCCGCAGACCCCGGGGACUGGAGCCCCGGCAACGUUCAGAAGUGGCUCCUGUGGACAGAGCACCAGUAUCGGCUGCCCCCUGCAGGCAAGGCCUUCCAGGAGCUGGGGGGCAAGGAGCUGUGCGCCAUGUCUGAGGACCAGUUCCGCCAGCGCUCACCCCUGGGUGGGGAGGUGCUGCAUGCCCACCUGGACAUCUGGAAAUCAGCGGCCUGGAUGAAGGAGAGGACAUCGCCUGGGGCCAUUCAUUACUGCGCAUCCACCAGCGAAGAGAGCUGGACCGACAGCGAGGUGGACUCCUCCUGCUCCGGGCAGCCCAUCCACCUGUGGCAGUUCCUCAAGGAGCUGCUGCUCAAGCCCCACAGCUAUGGCCGCUUCAUCCGCUGGCUCAACAAGGAGAAGGGCAUCUUCAAAAUUGAGGACUCUGCCCAGGUGGCGCGGCUGUGGGGCAUCCGCAAGAACCGCCCCGCCAUGAACUACGACAAACUGAGCCGCUCCAUCCGCCAGUAUUACAAGAAGGGCAUCAUCCGGAAGCCCGACAUCUCCCAGCGCCUCGUCUACCAGUUUGUGCACCCCAUCUGA